AUGGAAAAUCCAAUCGAAACCGAAUCUGAAGAACAAGAACAAGAACAAUCAAACUCACAGCAGGCGUCAACUUCAUCACAAGAUCGUCAUAACUGGAUUACGGUGCAAGAUAAUCUGAGGGAAAAGCUAAUCACUGAGGAUAAUUUCACAUGGAAAUUACCAACGAUAUCACAAAUUGGUGCCGAAGAAUUGAGAUUCCUUGGUGGCUUUGAUAUAAGCUUCUCAAAGGAUGAUCCAUCAUUGGCGUGUGGUACCCUUGUAGUGUUGGAUUUCCAUACUCUUCAAGUUGUUUAUGAGGAUUUCUCUUUCGUCACUCUUAGUGUUCCUUAUGUGGCUGGCUUCCUUGCCUUUCGAGAGGCUCCAGUACUUCUAGAUCUUCUGGAGAAAAUGAGGAGUGAUAAUCCUUUCUACCCUCAGUUGUUAAUGGUUGAUGGAAAUGGAAUACUUCAUCCACGAGGUUUUGGUCUGGCCUGUCAUAUUGGAGUUAUAGCCAAUCUUCCAACAAUUGGGAUUGGAAAGAGUUUGCAUCAUGUGGACGGUCUCCAUCACUCUAGAGUGAGAAAACUUCUUGAAGCCAAAGAAAACUCUUCUAAAGAUUUUAUUCCAUUGAUUGGUUGCUCUGGGAAAACAUGGGGAGUGGCCAUGAGAUCUUCACAGAGUUCCAUAAAGCCGAUAUACAUAUCAAUUGGUCAUAGAAUAUCACUCCAGACUGCCACUGCAAUUGUUCAGAUGACUUGCAAAUACCGUAUCCCUGAGCCAAUUAGACAGGCUGAUAUAAGAUCAAGAGACCACAUUCGAAAGUUCGAAAUCGAUGCCAGACUGAAGCAAAUUGACUGA